UUGUUUAUGACUUUGACAUCAAUUUUAUUGCUUUGACUUUAUUUUUGUUUACAUUUUAUUUAAUCAAUGCUUUGAUCGACAAAAUGGCUGACUAUUGGAAGUCAUUACCGAAGAAGUACUGCGAUUUCUGCAAGUGUUGGUUUGCGGACAAUAAAGCCAGCGUUGAGUUUCACGAAAGAGGUUGGAAUCAUAAGACAAAUGUUAAGAAAAAAUUACAAGAAUUACAAAAGAGAGGAUCAAAACAGCAAAAGGAGGAAAUGUUAUAUAAUUCAGAAAUGAUGAAAAUAGAGUCAAAAGCUAUGAAAGCAUUUCAAAGUGAUGUCCAAAACAAUCCACAGUUGGCUAAAGAGUUUAAUACAAAUAUAAAGUUGUAUAAGAAAAUAGAUAUUCCCGAGACUUCCACUAAAUUGAUAUCUACUUCUCGUUUUGGUGACGACUCUUCAGCGUCUGAAGAAAGUUCAACAUUAGUUAAUGGCCGACAACGAGCUCUCGAAACAAUCUCCAAAAAAUUGGAGAAAAAGAGCAAAUGGUUAGAGAAAAAGACAUCCGAAGGAAAAACGUUUUACGUGAAUAAAGAAACAAAUGAUACCAUAUGGGAACCACCGAAAUGCGGAUUUCUUUCGCUUGAAGAACAAAAACAUACAUCAAAUAUAUUCCCCGCUAAUGAUUGGACACCAGAAUCAUCUACUUUUAAGUACAAUCCUUAUGGCAAAUGGCAAACAGUGAAGUACAAUGAGUUUGACGAUAAAAUGAUUGAUUUACAGUUACCGGACCAACAGUUAGAAAUUGUUGCCCCAAUUGUUUCCGAUCAACCAAAAGAUGAAAGAAUAGAAUUCAAAGAAAAAACAAUUGAUUCACUCAAACAUAAGAUCUCAUUCGGAAUUAAAACAGAAGAAAAAGUUUUGUUCAAAAAACGCAAAACCGGUUCCGAGCGUAAUGUUAGACAACGAACUGAUGAUUGAUUUAUUAUUAUUAUUAUUAUUACCACAAUU